AUGUCCUGGUCAUCACUGUUCGCGCUUUUAAUUAUUGCUAUGCAUGCUCAUGAUGAAGUCUGCGCACGCUGCCUUCAUGAUAAGUGCUUGCAGACGAGGCACGGCAGUGUAUGCACUCAUUGCGAGACUGGAUAUGUCCCCUUGGAGGGCCGGUGCACCGCCACGGAUGUGUCUUUCUGUCUUGUCGAAUCAGAAGGGGGAGGUACAUGUUCUCAGUGUGCCUAUGGAUAUAGAGGCCUCCUAAAUGGUUGCUAUCCUGUGCCACUGUUUGGAGUGCUUGACGGUAAUGUAUCUGCUGCCUCAGCCUUUUACAUUUCCACUCACGUCCUUCUUAAUGGCCAAAUUCUCUUCACGGGGUGCUUUGCAAACAAUGAACUGCCCAUCAAUGGUGUCUGCGCCGAGGACACUGACAAUUGGUGUGCUCAAUCUGGAGAGACUGACUUUAGCUAUGGAACGUCCUGUUUGCGGUGCACAGGGACUAAUGUGUUCUAUUUCAAGGGAGGAUGCUAUAACACCAAGACAGAGCCUGGCAGCCUGAUUUGCAAGGCAGCUUUGGAUGGAGUCUGUACUGCUUGCAAUACCGAUAGCGGCUACGUGUUCGAGAACCCUAGUACAGGUACGAAGACAGACCAGUGCAUAUCAUGCGGCGAUGGAUAUGGAGCCGAUGGGUACAGUGGCGUUGAAAGUUGUAAAACAUGUGUAGCGCCAAGUGGAAAUAGCAAAAUAGCUACGUGCUCUGCAUGCCCAGAUGGCUAUAAAUUUAACAUUGCACACACUCGGUGCUUUAACUGUGCAUUGCAGGGGUGCUUAAACUGUGAUGGCUACGACAGCUGUGAACACUGUGACACCGGCUUCUUUAUGGCUGAUCAAUCGUACAGCAAAAUCUGUGUUACGACGUGUCCAUCAGGAACGUUCCCGUUUGUCAACUCCACUGGAUAUAAUAAGUGUUUCUCGUGCUCAAGUUCUGAUGGAAGUGAUUCUAUAGCUGUAGAGCGCAUACCAGGCUGUGAAACAUGCGCAGUUGGUAGUGGCAACCUCCUGACAUGCAGCGCAUGCCUACAAGGGUAUCAGCUCACGCCCACUGGAUGCAAACAGGUUUGCGCUGACGUAUUAGGGUGCGGUUUAGAUGCUUGUACUGUUGUCAUAGGCUCUAUGUCAUACUGUUCAAAGUGCAAAAGUACAAAUAACUAUGCGCCCAUAAACGGAGUAUGUGAAUAUGUUUCCAUGAAUGAUAAGUCUGGUUGCAGAAGAGAAGAAACUAUCGCUGGGGUCUGUCCUCAAUGCGGUGAGGGGUAUUUCCUGCACAUGAAUGGUUGCUAUAAAGCUGAUCAGGCUCCAGGAAAUCUUGUGUGUAGCAGUGUUGGAACUGGUAGUCGAUCUCUUAGAAACGCUGGCGCAGGGUUGUGCAGCGUCUGCGGGUCAGGGUACCGUGCUAAGCAUGGGCGGUGUAUAUCAUGCAAUAAACAGCACUGCCUUGAAUACAUCCCAAACACUUGUGUAUGCACGCUAUGCGAGGACAACGUUCUCCUAAUUCAGGGGGAGUGCGUUUCGUUUCCCAGUUCCGGGUGCAAGGUGCCCUACUGUGCGCUGUGCGAAAAGAAGCUGGAAGUGUGCACGCGUUGUGAGGCCAGCUACUAUAUCACACCCCUGCACGGAUGCACAAAGGACUGUGAAGACCUCAUGGGAUACCACAACAACGCUGAUCUGGGCAAAUGCGUUAGAUGCAGAAUUAGAAACUGUUACAAGUGCUACGAUAGCGCUCGCUGCUCAGAAUGCUCUACCGGAUACGGGCUCACGGACAACCAGCAAUGUGUACGGUGCCCCAAGAACUGCUUUGCAUGCGCACAUCACAAUAAGUGCACGACAUGCAAGUCUGGAUACAUCUUGAGUGACUCCGAAGUAUGUGAGUCGGAGGAUGAGUAUAAGGUGGAUUGCAAACAUGCUGACGCUAAAUACAUCAAGUACGAGUUCGCACGUCAUAUAAAGGGAUCUGUGCGCCAGAGAUUAACGGCCUCCAUGUGUUCAGAAUGUAAUGCUGGUAAGGUGCCCAUAAACGGUAAGUGCGUUUCAGUAUCUGCAAAAGCUCCGAGUUGCACGCCUGGGACCGGGGAGAAUGCUGGAAAGUGCACCCGCUGCAUAAGUAGUGGCAGCUCAAAUAGUACCUUCCUUUAUUCAGGGGGUUGCUACGAUAGCAAUACUAACGUGGGUAAGUCUCUCUGUGCAAGCGUUGGCGACAACGGAUUGUGCGCCAGGUGCCCACGGGGCGGGUUUAUGCUCGACACCAGUCGUAAUGAGUGUGUACCGUGUCCCAUGAACUGUAUGAAAUGUAACUCAUCUGGCUGCCUAAGGUGUGAUUCUGGCUGGCUGCUUAUCGAAAGUGAGUGCGUGCCGUGCAAAAAAGGCUGCCUUGAAUGCGGCAGUUCUUCAGACAAGUGCACAAGUUGCAUCACUGGGUACUACGUAGCUGGAGCCACUACGUCAUCUGGAAAGGAGGGGAUAUGCCGUAGGUGUGAUGAUACACAGGAAGUAGACGGUUGGAAAGGGAUCCAAGGAUGCACACUGUGUACACCACCAGUUUUUGCUGGAGAGGUGCUAUGUUUGUCCAAAGAAGUGAUAGAAGAUGUAGUAACCCGCUCGCUCAGUUCUGGGGUCGUAGCAGGAAUCUCUAUUACAAUAGUAGUUGUGGUUGCAGCGAUCGUGGGGGUCCUAGUUUGGAAAUAUGUUUGCAAAAAGAAAUCAUCCAAACGCAUCAAAAUGGUUGACAUGGACGUCAGCAUCAAUACCAGCCAGUACAUGUCCACAAGCACUGUGUAA